GCAAGAAGCGAGGAAAGGAAGAGUAUUAGCUCGUUGUUUGUGGUGCGUGGACCUUUAUCUGGAUUAUCACUUUGUUUUUUUUGGAGUAGCAGCAUCACCAAUUCCGUAUCUGGAGCUUGCAAAAUAAAAACCUGGAUUGUUUGCAUCUACAUUAUGACAUUUGAAGAACUCACUGGGGAUCAGACCAUGGGAAAGAUGGACACCAUAGGAAACGCUUUGGAAGAAGUGCUGAGCAAGGCAAUGCUGCAAAGGACCAUCACUAUUGGAGUCUAUGAGGCUGCAAAACUUCUCAAUGUAGACCCAGACAAUGUAGUCCUUUGUCUGCUGGCUGCAGAUGAAACAGAGGAUCAGGAUGUUGCUUUACAAAUCCACUUCACUCUGAUCCAGGCGUUUUGCUGUGAGAAUGACAUCAACAUCCUUCGAGUCAGCAACAUGAGCCGACUGGCUGAGAUCCUGGGCGGUUCUGACAAGCCGGGGGAACCCGCAGAUCUACAUUGUAUUCUAAUCAACAAUCCACAUUCUUCACAAUGUAAAGACACAGCUCUCAAUCAAGUGAUCUGUUUUUGCAAAGAAUCUCGGUAUCAGGAUCAGUGGGUGCCUGUUAUUAAUCUCCCAGAGCGGUGAUUUCUUUUAUCCUGUUGAUGGGACUUGCAAAAGUUUUAAAAUAAUAUAAAAAUACUUUUUCAGAAGAAAAGUAAAAAAAAUCUUUCCAGCAGACAAUUCUACUGUGAAGCGAAGGUUAAAACAUUAUAUUGAAGACUUUAACAGUAAAAUGGAUAAUGGAAAAAGACUGCGGCUGAAUUUUUGUGACACGUGGGAGCAAAAACUGGUGGCUUCGGACAUGGAAAGAUCUAGCUUGGGACCAAGACGAGAUGGCAUUAAGGACUGAAAUGAAACCAAAACGUAUUACUGGAGAUCAGUUGCGACAUAGGAGAGUUGGAAAUAUAUCUAUUUAAGGAGAAAAAUGAAAUCAAAUGUACAAAACCAGGAACAAAAACUGCAUGUUUUAACAAUGUUGUAUUUUUAAAGAAAAGUUGAAGUAUAAUUAUUUGGUUUUAAAACCCUAUUUAUGCAAACACUUUUACUGUAUGCCUUGAAUAAAACUGGUACAAUUUAUUUUUAUAUGUGAAUAGUUGAGGCAUCUACGCUUAUCAUUUGUUUUAAAUUAAAGGACAGUUUCAAUAAAAUAUUUGAAUUACA